AUGGACUCCGGCGGCGACUCCAGCGACCAUGAGGUUCAGGACACGGGCCGUCUGAGAGAAUCCGUGUCCAUGGUGAUCAGACAGCUGCAAUUGCGUCCACAGCUACCGUCAAGGGCCCAGUCAGACGAAAUUCCCGAGAGCGAGGAAGACAGAGAGAAAGAGGAAGACGCAGAUGAGGAAGAAGAAGAGGAAGAGGAAGAGGACGAAGAAAAGGAACAGCAAGAAGAAGAGGAAGAGGAAGAAGACGAGGAAGAGAAAGAAGAAGAGGAGGAUGAAGAGCAAGAUGAAGAGGAAGAGGAAAACCGCGGCAGCGAUGAUGUGCACGACGACAGCAGCGAAAAUGACAACUUCAACGAGCUGCCAAAACGCCGACACUCAAUAUCCUCCGCCGACAGCAACUACAGCCCUUCAGUCACCUCAGAAGACGGUAACCACCCAGACAAUCCCUCCGAAAAAAACCCUCUAGACUCCCUAGAACAGCAGAUUCCAUCAGGCUACAGCACUCUCUCGACAGCCCCAACCGCACCGCAUAAGCGCUCCCGCUCGGGCCCUACCCCGGACCCAAGACCCUUCAAACGCCGCAAGGCCCCGCUGAAUCACGCCUACCUGGGCCUGCUGAACGAGGACAUCCUUGACGCUGCCGCGCAGUUUACCCCUCACGCCUGGAACUCGGAUUCGCCCGCGGCCGAGCUGGGCCCCUCACAAAUCGGCCUGGUCUACUGGACGUCCGCGGAAAAGACGCUCUUCUUCGAAGCCCUCGCCCGCCUGGGCCGCGACGACGUCGCGGGGAUCGCCGCGCGGGUGCGGACCAAGACAGAAUUCGACGUCAUGGCCUACAUGGCCCUCCUGCAGCAGGGGCAACGGCAGCGCGUGCAGGAGAAGCGCCAGCGGGGCCGCGGCGCGGUAGGGGCGGCCGCCGCCGUAGUCGUGCCCGCCGACCUGCCUGCAGCCGUUGAGAUCAGCCAGGCGUGUGUGGCUGCGCUGGAGGAGGCGGCUGAUGCCCUCGCGCUGCGCCAGGAGGCUUAUGAGGAGACGGUGGAGAAGAAGAGGUGGGGUCAGGAUGAAGGUUUCUGGAAGAUCGGGAAGGGGAAUCUGCGUGAGCUGGAGAAGGCUCGUCCGCCGGCUAUGUCCUCGGUGGGGUUCUUCAGGGUGGUUAGCUGGUUGAGGUUGGCGGAGAGGGUGUUUAUGAACUCGAGCGUGGAGGAGUAUAAUUGGAGUUGUGUGGCUGAGGAAGGGGGUUCGCCUGAGAUCAGGGCCACGGCACUGGAGGACUUUUACGCGCUUGCGGUUUCGAUCACAAGGCGCCUUGUCGCGGCUACGCUGUAUGUCGCUGAGUCGAGAGUGAGGGCCAAAAGGAAGGUGGUAGCGCGUACGGCCAUGAGGGUGACACCGAAAGAUGUCGAGGCUGCGGCGCUGUCGUUGGGGCUCAAGACGAACACUAAGGAGUUUUGGGCAAAGUGUGCUAGGAGGUUGAGGAUAGAUAUUUUGGAUGAUGAGGUGGACGGGAAGGUGGCCAGGCGGGAUGAGGAUGGGCCGAUGUCCUAUGACGAGGUGGAGAGGGCGCUUGGUGUUGAACCGGAGACUAGUAAGGGUGAAGAUGCUCCUGAUGAGUCCCAGUCGUCAGAGGAAGAGGAAGAUCUUGAUUACGAUGCAGCUCCAUUAUCCGAUGCCGAAUCAAUCGACCUCGGGCCUCGGCUUGAAGAAAGUUCUGACGGCGGGGAUUAUCUUGACAGAGAAGAGACCGAGGCGGAAAGGAAAGCCAUCGACCUUGAGAUGAACGAGCUUUUGGUCCACUCAGCCCUUGAGUAUCCGAAUACCAAGCGAGCACGCGAUGCGCUCCGGAGGCGGAUCCGCGCCGCCAGGGAUCACGAAGCAUAUGCUGACGCCCUGGAUGCCAGGGCAUCAUACUACGAAGAGAGGAGGCUUUGGGCCAUGCUCAAUCGGGACCCCCCGGUGGCAUUAACGAGGGUGGAGGUUCCGACCGAGCCCCGGAAGCCCAAGGGGACAGUGAAAGACUUGAUUGCGGGGUUUUCCAGGACGCCCGGGAGCCAGGACUGGAAGAGCAGGCUGGAAAUUGUUCCCAGCAGAUGGGAGAUGGAUUUUGCGCUGCUGGAAGAGAAGCAGGAGAAUAAUAAGCAUACCGUUACGCUGACAGAGAGCGGCAAUGAAAAUUGA